AUGGCCACGCACGCCAUGAAAGCAAAGGCCGCAGGUGGAGCGGGCCCUGGCCCCGCAUCGGGGGACUCGGGGUCGCGUGACGACAGCCGCUGGCGCCACCUGAUCGAGAAAAGGCGGGAGAGCGGCUCCGGGCGCCCAUCGGGCGUGAGAAGCGACCAGAAAACGCCGCCAGUGCACCACGGGGCAGUGACGGCUUCUGCGGGGGACGCGCAGCCCUCAGGGCUCCCAGGCAGUCAGCACGGGGUCACCUCUACCCAAAUGAAGCUUCGGCGGCUCGAAACGCUCAGGACAAGCGAGAGCGGCAUCAUCCGCUCCACCUCCAUGCAGAGUGGCAGCCAGCUUGACCGCCAUUCGGGCGACCUGGCCGGCCCGAGCCCGAUGGCUGGGGUUCCUGCGCCUGGCGGGCCGUUCCCCACGUCCCCUUCGCCCCGGAAGACGCCGCCGGAGGGCCAGGCAGUGGCGCCGACAGUGGUGAACCGCGCGCGCGCGUUCACGGAGUCGCAGUUCGGCUCCGAUGCGAUCCUGGCCCCUACCUAUCGGGACAGCGGCUACAGGCCGUCCCCGAGCGGCAAGCGCGGGUCGCUCGAACUCCCGCGGCCGGCACUCAAGCCGUCGGUUGUGGCUAGGGAAGGGAGCCUGACGGGCAACGACCCGCGCCGCGCGAAGGACUCCGUGCGCGAGCGGACCGCAAGUGCAUUCGGGGACUCGGGCCGCGCGCGCGACGCCGGCAAGGACAAGGACCUCUCCAAGACGCUAGACGCGCUGCAGCGGAUGCGGACGCUCGGCAAGCCCCGCAGCAAGCCGUCUCCAUCGCCCCUGACCCAGUCCCGCACCAAGUCGAGCAGCGGGCAGGAAAGCACGGCCGCGGACGCGUCGUCGGUGCCGCGCAGCAACAGCAACAACGCCGCCCCGACGGCCCGGGGGUCCGCGGGCGCGAAGGACAAAGAGAAGGCCGCGGAGGACGUCGCGGCGGCCGCGGCGCCGGAGAAGAGCCUCAAGCUGCAGCAGGCCAUGGGCGGGCGCAUGACCAACUUGCUGCCGACGCCACUGGGCAUCUUCUCGCAGCACGACCUCCCGCCGUGGGUCGAGGCCGCGAACCGCGGCGUGCGCGUGGCGCCCGGGACGUCGCUCAUGCGCAUGACGUCGGGCAUCCUCGUCGACGGCCUCGAGCUCGACGGCUUGGCGCGCCUCUGGCUGCACGUGCUCGACACCGUGUCGGGCUCGGAGGGCUACGUCAUGUGCCAGGACGUCGUGCGGAUGAUCUCCUCGAACGCGAUGCGGUCGGACGUCGAGAUCUCGUCGCAAACCGUCACCACGAUGGCCACGGGGCUGAUGAAGGCGCACUCGAACACGACGCGCGUCGGCAUCGGGGACCUGAUCGUCGCGGGGUUCCCGUCGGCGAAGGCCACGGAGACGCCCGUGCUGAUCCAGCUGUGCAUGAUGUCGCUGUUCUCCGGCGUGGACUGCCGGCUGAGCCCGUACAAGCAGAGGCUCGUGGCGGAGCUGUUCUACCAGAUCGACCUGCGGAACCGCGGGAUCGUGCUCUUCUCCGAGAUCGAGGCGCUGAUGAGGAUGACCAAGGACUGGCAGCGGGAGCACAUGCGCGUGCUGAUCAUGCAGCUCACGGCGCUCCCGAACCACGAAACCGGGUUCAUGAACGUUCGGGGGUUCCUCAAGUGGUUUGAAGACCACCACCUAAAGCCCGUGUCCGUCGACGACCCCUCGAACAUCACCGUCGACGACCUCGUCGGUAUCCUCGGCGGCCCGCCGCUGUCCGCGCGCGACGCCGACGCCAGCGAGAAGGAGCGCGCCAACUAUGAGGCCUCGCGCCGCGCAGCGCGGGCGCGCAUCCAGCACGCAAUGUCGGCGGUCAACCCGGGGCGGAACGAGGAGAUCCGCUCGCAGGUCCUCGAGGAGGACAGCGAGCGCGACAAGACGGCGCCGGUGUACUGA